GGUCGCAGGUGCUGCUGCUUGCUGCUGGUGCUGCUGUUCCGUGCUGCCGCCACAGUCCGCGGCUGCAGCGGAGCCAUCCAGGGCCGCGCGUGUCUCACUCCUGCCUGAGAGACCUGCACUAAGUCCGGCCGGGGAAGAGGCGGCGUGCCGCGUCUGCUCCUCCGCCGUUUUCCGCGCUCAAACUUUCCCCCCAGACUUGUAACCAUUUCGAGUUCUUAACAGCAUCCUCUCUCUUCUCCACACUCUGGACCAGAGCCGAAAGAUGAAGCGUCUUGUUUAAUCGUGCAACUGUGCUUUUAAAAAAAAAGGAUAUAUAUAUAUAUAUAUAUUUAAUCACACAUUAUAUACAAAAACUUAGAUUGGUUCUUCUAUGCCACCUCCCUCUUUCUCAGUUUGUUUCUGGAGGCGAUCUCAGGAGCCGGCACGCGGAUUACAUUCGCUGGGAUCUGCCUUUCAGAGCCGCCGUUGAGUAUAUUGAAGUUCAGCCUCUGCCACCUUUCACCUCUUUGGUUCCGGAGAGCGCCCCUUGGCCGCGUCUUCCCUGUCUGGAGGUGGCUUGACCCCACCGCUGACUUGGCCACCUUGUGCGCUGCGCGCCGAGACUGUAUUGUUCGCCGCCUCCACCGAAGGGUUCGCUUGUUGCCAGCGGGGAGAAAAAGGAAGGCAUCCGAAGGGAGGGAUGCCCAGCGGAAGGAGGGGUUGAGUGAACACCUCCCCGCAACCAGCAAGAGCUCUUGAAAAGGGAGCACCAGGCGGCACGCGGAGACCGGCGGGGACUGCUCGCUUUUUUCCCGCGGCGGCUGCAGGUUCCUUUUAGACGAGGGAUUGGGGCGCGCGGCAGGAUGCGUUUCUUCCCGGGGGGAUUGUGGCUACUGUGCGUCGCCGCGACCUGUUCGGCCAGGAGUGACGGUGGCAACAAGGCGAGGAGCUGCUCUGAGCUCCGGCAACUCUAUGGAGCGAAAGGAUUCAGCCCGAACGUGGUUCCCCAGGCGGAGAUCUCCGGAGAACAUUUGAGAAUCUGCCCACAAGGUUAUACUUGCUGUACUAGUGAGAUGGAGGAGAACUUUGCCAACAAGAGUAGAAGUGAAUUUGAAGGCAUGCUGAAGGAGGCCACACGCUCAGUACAAAUAAUCUUCACAGCCCAGUACAAGAACUUUGAUGGUUACUUCCAGGAUUUGUUAAACAAAUCAGAGAAGGCACUUUAUGACACAUUUCCUGGUAUGUAUGGAGACCUUUAUCUCCAGAACAUAAAGCUUUUCAAAGACUUGUAUAGUGAGCUGCGGCAUUAUUAUCGAGGUCCUAACAUCAACUUAGAAGAAGCCCUCAAUGAAUUUUGGACUCGCCUGCUAGAGCGGCUCUUCAAGUUGAUGAAUCCUCAGUACCAGCUUCCGGAUGAGUAUGUGGACUGCAUAGUGAAGCACUCGGAGCAGCAUAAGCCAUUUGGAGAGGUUCCAAGGGACCUGAAGCUCAAGGCAACAAGGGCCUUUAUUGCAGUCCGUUCCUUUGUGCAGGGACUUGGUGUGGGCAACGAUGUUGUCAGGAAGGUCUCUCAGGUCCCACUGAGCCAGUAUUGCAAUCGGGCUAUUAUGAAGUUGAUAUACUGCGCACACUGCCGGGGCAUGUCAAACAUUAAGCCAUGUAACAGUUAUUGCCGCAAUGUCUUGAAGGGCUGCCUGGGCAAUCAUGCUGACCUGGACACUGAAUGGAAGAACAUGAUUGAUUCAUUACUCUUGGUGGCUGACCGUUUUGAUGGACCAUCUAAUGUAGAUAUUGUAAUCGGUACAAUCCAUGCUAGGAUUGCAGAAGCCAUUUCAAACAUGCAAGAAAACAAAGAAUCUAUAACAGCCAAGAUUUUUCAAGGUUGUGGAAAUCCUAAACUCAAUACAAAAGCUGCCAAUGUUGAAGAUAAGAAGAGGCGGGGAAAAUAUGUCAAUGAAGAUAAAACUCCCGGGCUUAAUUCAGAGAAAUUUGUUUCAGAUGCCAAAGGGAAGCUGAGGGAAGUAAGGGACUUCUGGGCUCUCCUCCCAACAACCCUUUGCAAUGAAAAAAUAUCACUUGGUUCUGUGAAUGAGGAUAGAUGCUGGAACGGAAUGACCAAAGGCAGAUACCUUCCAGAUGUGAUGGGAGAUGGUCUAGCCAAUCAGAUCAAUAACCCAGAGGUUGAGGUUGACAUCACCAAACCAGACAUGACUAUUCGCCAGCAAAUCAUGCAGUUGAAGAUUAUGACAAAUCGACUGCGCAAUGCAUACAAUGGAAAUGAUGUGGAUUUCCAGGAUACAAGUGAUGACAUCAGUGGUUCUGGAAGUGGUGAUGGCUGCCUGGAUGAAGUCUGUGGCAAAAGACUGUCCAAGAAUUCUAGCACCAGGCCACCAGAGAUACAUCCUAUGCCUAAACAGUCAGGACAAGGCAUUGGUGGAAAUAGCAGCAAUGUACUUUUGCCUUCAUACUUCCUUUUAUUACUUUCUUUGGCUGCUGUGGCAGCCCAGUACCUAUGGCGGUAACUUGUUUGAGCAGCUGCAAAAGAAACUGUAGUGGCUGAGUCUUAACUUUGCCAAAAAGGUGGACAUAUUUAAUUCAACUUAAUUCAACUCGGCAAAAUGAGAGACAAAAGUUCUUUAUGGUUUGUGAUAACCUGGCAGUGCUAGAGUUUCUUUUUCUUUCUUUCUUUUUCUUUCCUUCUUUCUUUCUUUCUUUCUUUCUUUCUUUCUUUCUUUCUUUCUUUUUCUUGGGCCUUUGCUUCUGUCCUCCAUUUUAAAAAGCCUUUAAUUUGCCAGAAAGAGAUAGCUAGGGGCUAUGACAGAUCCUGGCAGGUAGGUGUAAUGAACAGAAGAAAUAACCCCCCAAGGGAACACCAUUUCCAUUGAUUGGAAUAAAAUAUGCAAUAUCUCAUAUUUUUAUUUAACUUUAGCCAAGAGUAUAUUUUAUUGGUUCAGAACAAUACAUCUUUUUAAUUUAUACGUUUUCAGACUGCUGUAAAAGGGUUUCAGCUCAUAAUUUUCCAUUCACCAAAGGGCGAAUAGUCUUUCCUUUGCAUGGAUGUAUUAUUCUAUACAAUCUCAAUUAAUGAAGGAAUUGUCCUAGAAUUUGGAAUGAAGGCCCUUAAUUUUGCAAAUGUUUUUGUCUGCUAAAAGUAGUCAUUGCCAUCCACUAACAUUAUUUCCACAUCCAGGGGAAUAGGAAUAAAAGAUUUGGGUAUUGCAGGAUCCUUUGACAGUAGCUUUCACGUUUUAAAAAAAUGUAAUACUGUGCUGUAUACACAACACUGUGGUAGAGAAAGACAUGGGAAGAUGUCCAUCUAGAAAGCCUUCUUUGGGCUAAAGGCUGAAAAAUUUCCUAUUAAUAAGAGUGACAAGAGUCAAUAUUUACCAAAGGGAUAAUACAAAGAAAUUAUUUUGUGAUUUUUGUGCGUCUGUAUUAUUACUUAUCCUGUACAAAACUAGAAGUUGCAUGAAUUGAUGAGCCUAGAACCCAGUUAGAGUCUAUCAUAUAUACCUAGAAAUUUGUUAAUCAGAAUCUCUACUGCCUGGGUUUUUCAAGGAAACCUGCUCACAGUUACGUUGGUGGAAAGAAUAAGCAGACCCAAACUAUCCCAUAUUAUGUUGGCUUAAUUAAAUUGAUCAUCAGUUAAUCAGACCAUCAGUUUUUCAAAUUUUAAAAAAUAUUGUUACUAUUUGCCAGAUCUGAUAUGAGGGUGAUUUGGAUGAGGAUAUAGAAAGAGAUGUUCAAUCAAAGAUUUACACCAAAUGUGUACAUAUAUGUAUGUCUUUUGGGGCAUCUGUGCUUACACAACUCUGCUUUGGGUCCUGAGCUUUAUCUGUAAGCAUUUAUUUUUCACUUUUUUCCAAAAUUUUGUUAUAUCAAACCAACCCUACCAUUUUGAAUGAAUAAUACAAAAACAAAAUUCUUUGAAAUGAAUUUUGAUGUUAAUUCACUUUAUUUCAUAUCAUAGCUUCUCUUUGGGAAGCAAGUGAUGUGAAAGCAUAUUUUUUAUUUAAAAUAUAUAGGCUUUUCAUAAAUGCUGAAAUGUUUCUAUUCUUUGUCUUAAAGCAAAAAUGAAUGUUGUGUUUCUUAGGAACAGCAUGCAAAGAGGCAGAAGCUAUUAUCAAUUCUGAAACAUUCCUAGUUACAAACAAGGAAACCAUUUCUAGCAUCUUAGCAUGCAAAGGGAUGAGACAGAGAGUGCAAGCAAAUGAAUUCAGUUGAAGUAUUCUGGUUCUGUUUUAUUAAUACUGGGAAAAAUUAGUUCCCUAAUCACCCCAUUCAGUAUUGGAGGCUGUCUGAGAUUUGAAAACUUGAUUAACGAAGAGUAAUGCCAGAAGGAAUUCUUUGUUGCAAAGUACACCUAGUUUUGUACACAUUAUUUAAAUCCCCUCUGAGUAAAAUAGUACUCCCAUCCACUUUCAUUACUGAUCUAAUCUAUCUAAUAUGUUUAUUUUUUAUUUUCAGUUACAUCAUUCUUAAAAUGAAUGUAUUCUUAAAGUGAAUACAAAUGAGGCAUGGAAAUCAAAUAUCCUGCCUCUUUUGAACAUGCUUGAAUGCCAGAGAAAGUGGAAAGUGCCACAUUCAAUUAGUGUUGUAAAUGUAUGUCUGUAAAUACACAAAGAAAUAAACUGCUAUACAUCAUGCAGGGGGAAAAAACAUCUGCCAUUUCCUUCUCUGAAUGAAAAUCUGCCAACUUGCUGGAGAGCUGUAAACUCAAAACAGUUUGGAGCCUUUUCCAAGACUCAAACUAUGUGUGAUACUGACAAUGUAUUGGUUUUAAAAAACCUGAAGCCUCCCUGAAUCAUUUCUAAAAGAAAGGAAAAGAAAGAGAGGUAAAAAGAGUAGGAUUGUUGAUGCUUCAAAAAUGAUUUAGAACAGGGUUUUUGAUGUGUGGGAGCUUGAACACAACACCUCCUUGAGGAAGCUGCAUCAUUUUUAGACUUAACUUGAUAAAGCACGACUGUUUUAAUUAGUUACAUUAGAGAUACACAUUAGCAGUAGUUUAACAGGACAAUUUAAGUAGCCAGAAGCAUGAAAAAAAUGCUGCCACUUUGAAGAGGUGCUGCACAUGUUCCCACAUGUCCUGAAGCCCUCUUUGAAAUCAUUGCUGAAGCACAGCCAACCCUAGAAAAGAGCAAGCAUGGAGAUGGGGAUGCAUGGCCUUCUUCACUAGCUGAAAGACCACAUGGAAUUAAAUUACAGACAGUGGUAAGAAGUAUCCUGCGCUCACAUGUCCUCUGUGCUCUUAAAUCUGACAUCAAUUAUCUGCUUGAUAUGAAAUUGGAAAGCCUGAUACAAAUGAGUCUGCCAUCACCCAUCACUUGAGCCCCAGUCUUCUGUCAUGGAUCAGAAUUUUUUUUUUAAGGUUUUGUUAGCCAGUACUGUUUUGGUAUUUAAAAGCAUUAAAUGAUUUAAUUUAAGGGUAUAAUGAUGAUUUAAUGUGGGACACAAAUGUGGUCCCUGAGCCCCUUGAAACCAGAAAUGAGUCAUGACUGUAUAAUGUAUUCUUUUCAUGUGCCAUAAGUCUGUUUCAGAAGGAGAAAUAGGUCAACAGAAGCUUUAAGAGCAUUGCUAUUUAACCUUUCAAUGAUAAAAACCUGUUGUUUUCUAGUGGGCUUAUUAAGGAGUUAAGAUACAAAUAUAUCCAGACUACAUCUUGGCUUUAAAAAAAGCAAAACAAAACAAAAAAAGUGCAGUUCUGUCUGCAAAACAUAAGAUUGAUUUCACGCAUUGGCAAACUUGGUCAUUUAUAUAUUUCUUUUGGUUACCAAGUUACUUGUAACUACCUUGCACUGUUGAAUUAUGUUCUUUGAAUCCUUGUAUAAAUAAAAAAAGGCUGGAGACUUAAAUAUGUAUG